AAUCAGAUAACAAUGUUUUCGGGCAACAAAGCGUAUCGUGACAGUAAUGGCGGGUACAUGCGCUGAAACAUUUGUUGACAACUUCAGUGCUUGGUCAUGGAACAUCAUGUAGCGGAUCUCUUCUUACAAGCGUGACCUAUAAUGUAGCCUACCUACAGCCGCGUGGGAGCGGAGCCUAUCCGUGAUUUAUAAACCUUUGACGGGACAUCGACAAAGGCAGUUCAAGUUGUUGGCCUGCACCAGGACAGCGGAAAGGUCUACCUUGAAAUCGCAACUGUAAGGACAGCAACGGAGUGAAGAGGCUGAAGCAUAAUCUCUGGUCCUGAUGAAGAAUAGAAAGUCCAGCGGGCCUCUUCCCCCGGAUGGGGGCUAUGGCUGGGUCGUGGUCACCUCUGCCUUCUUCAUCAUGGGCCUCACAGCUGCUGUCUCCAAGAACUUUGGCCUCUUUUUCAUGGAAAUCCAAACCCAUUUUGGGAUCCUCACCAGCACUUUGUCAUGGGUCAACUCCACCGCCAUAGCCAUGUUCCACCUUGGAGCUCCACUGGCCAGUGCUCUGAGCCUCCGGUUUGGCCACAGGUGGAUGAUCAUGCUGGGCGGGCUCCUUAUCUUCUCAGGGAUGUUGCUGGCUUCUCUUAGUACCAGUCUGACAGAGUUGUUCCUCGGCAUUGGCGUUUUGCAAGGUUUGGGUCUGUCUUUCUGCUGGACACCAGCCAACAGCAUGGUGAGUCACUACUUCCUGCGCUGGCGUCCCAUAGCCUACGCCAUCGCUAGCGCGGGGGAGUGCGUCUUUGCCAUGAUGUUCAGCCCCUUCUUCCAGUGGCUGAUCGACACCUACACCUGGCAGGGCGCUCUGCUCCUCAUCGGAGGCCUUCAGCUCAACCUCUGCGUCUGUGGUGCCGUUAUGAGGCCCCUGGACACCCUCAAACCCCAGAUCCCCGAACUAAACACAGAAACCACUGCCGACACACCUGUGGUUGUCAUCCCGCCAAAGGAGAAGCCGAGCUUCCAGUGGUCUCUGCUCAGGAAACCUGAACUCGUCCUGUACAUCCUGUUUGCCAUAUUUGCGGCUGCAGGCUUCUUCAUCCCGCCCCUGUUCCUGGUGCCUUACGCUAGCAGUCUGGGGUUGGGGCAGUACUGGGCCGCAUCCAUCCUCUCCGUCAUGGCCCUGGUUGACCUGGGCGGCCGUCUGGCCUGCGGCUGGCUGGCUAACAUGAGGCUGAUCAGGAAUCUGCAGCUGGUCACCAUGGUGGCGACCCUGCUGGGGGUCGUGCUGCUGCUGUUGCCCAUCAGUCAGAACUACUGGAGCUUGCUGGUGUUCUCCUCGCUGUACGGCUUCUUUUAUGGCAGUCUCGCGGCCGUGCACGUGACGGCAAUUGUGGACAUCGUGGGUCUGUCGAGGUUUGACAGCGGCCUGGGGCUUUUCAUGCUCUUCAGGAGCAUAGGAGGGUUUUUGGGACCACCUGCUGCAGGUUGGCUGGUCGAUUGGACGGAGGGUUUUGAUGUCAGUUUCUACCUGUCUGGAAUCAGCCUCAUCGUGUCGGGUGUUUUCGUAGCGCUUGUCGAUCAUCUCGUGAGGAAAAGAGAUGCGUCCAGCGACGACCAAGAGCCCAGCUCAGACCCCGAGGCGAGUGCAGGCAAGACAGGGGAGAAGCCUGAGGAGAUUCUAAACAGCAACCUUUCAUCUGAAGAAAUCGCAUGACCCCUUUGUUUUAAACAAGUGACUUUGUGGGUUUUGGAGGCUUUAAGAUCACACGGCGGAUGACUGUGUCAAGGAACAUUCCAGCAGGUAUUGAUGCAUGUUCACGAUUCAUUUGUAUAAAUCCCUAUGCUGAGUAGCUGACAAAAUUCUUUAGGAGGUACUAUUUUACUUUGAAUUGAACAACAGUCUUGACAGAAAUUGAUAUAUUGAGCAGUUUUCUCACUUUUUAAAUUGGUUGUGAUUAUUUGUUUGUGUGCUUUGCCUACAAUUAGAGAGUUGGUGAACCUUCUUGUACUGUAUUAUCAUCGAAACAUCACAUGAUCUCAGGGGACAUGCACUCAAUUAUUACUUAUUUAUCAACAUCAAUCAUGACACAUCUUGACUAACUGGUUAUUUCAAUACCUUGCCUUCAGUUAACAUCUCACACAUUAAAGAAAAAUAAUCUAGAAUCAGUCAGCAAUAACAGGAAGUAAUCCUAACUCAUGUUGUAUGAAUCUGUUUGUCUGACAGGUGGGGUAGUGGAUGAAGUGUUAAAACUACUGCCUCAAAAUAUUGCAGCAUGUAUGCAAAAGAAUAUUGCACAGAGACAAUCCAGUAUUAUUGUCUUAAGCAGCUGAGUGAGUCUUGAGGCUCUGUAUGAAGAUGUGGUUCCUAAUACAAUUUGUACUGUCGUACACUUGCAAUCAGUGCCUAUUUUAUUGCCUGUUACUAAAUGAAAUGUUGUUGAUGUUUUCUGUUGCCUUAUCUUGUUUAUUAUGUUUACUGUAUGCACCUGCCCAAGUAAAUUCCUUGUUUGUAACCACUUACUUGGCGAUUAAACACUAUUCUUAUUCUGAUUUUUAUUUUUAUUUUUUAUUAUAAUAAUUCCAUUUAUUGUGUAACAGUAAAUGUUAAAAUAGUUAAACAAUUUAACAGAAGGAUGUUCUAAGGAGGAGAAUAAUAGUACAGCUGUUUUUUUAUGUGUAAUUUA